GGGGAUAAAAGCGUGAUACUCUUCUCUCACUCUUCUCUCUGUUUUGACAGAUCUACUAAUUUUGUAAAUAUAAAAGAAAAACUUUAAUAAUUUGUGUGCAAUAUAAUUUAAUUUAUCAGAACCAGAAAAGUAACGACUGCUUGGUGUAAAGAAUUUUAAUAAUUACUUAUGAUUCUUUAAAAUGGAAAAUGCAACAUUUAAGUAAUAACAAAAAACAAGAAAAGAGAAUACAAUAGGUUAUAUAGACAAAGCUCUCAAAUCAUGGCAGCCAUUCGACAUACUUUGCAAAGGGAAGUAUUCACUCCUAGUGAUGAAAAGCUGCUUAGUGUAUGCUAUGUGAGCAAAGCUUACAAGAAAAAGAAGAUGAGCUUUUUAUGCCUGGCUACAACGACAGAUACACCAGGAUCUCUUAUAUUAUAUCAAAUAAAGAAGAAUGACAAGAAUAUUUAUAAAAAGAAACAAUCAUGGCCUCUGAGUGACAUACAAAUUGUAGAUGGUGUUAAAAAUGAUUCCAUGGAUAUAGAAUUGCAUAUUGACAAAGUCUACAAAUGGUCAUCCACUACAGUACAAGAAAGGCGAACAUUUAUUAGUAAUCUAUAUACUUAUUCGUAUAGUCUAGCUCAGAGGCCAGAAUUUAAAAAUUUUCCCAAAGAAUGGUUGAUUGAUCCAAUUGCAUUAAAAGAGAGUGACAGCAUCACAUUUACACCUGAUCUUUUGGUAUCACCUAUUACUUCAGACUAUCAAUCUAUCACUGAAAAGGAAGCUGCUGACUUAAAACAAAUGAUGGAGAAUUGUGAAUAUGCUGUUUCCAAUGCUGAACUUUUUAUGGAAACUCUUUCAAAGGAUUUAUCUAUUCUUGAUGGGGAAAAUGUGCACUCAGUUUUAGCAUCAGAACAAAGAGUAACACAGCUAAUGAACAGUAUAGAUGCUGCAAUAAUUGAAGCUUCUAUUGUAGAAGCGCGAUUAGCGACAUAUGAUGAAGCAUUAGGAAGAAUAAGAGAAGUAAUGGCUCGAGUUGGUCAGAAAAAUCAGGCUAUACAUACAGCUAAUAAUAACGCCAGACUUUUAUUAGAUCAGUUAAAUCUGGUCAUUUCGCAAUUAGAUAUUUCUCCAACACAUCAACGUACUCUGAAUGAAGCUGAAUUGCCAGGCGAAAGAGAAGAGCUUGGUCUUGCAGGUACAGCACUCUUAAAAGCAAUCACAGCACCUCUUCCACCAGGCUUGGAUAAACUGAGUGCUGUCACUGAACAAAAAAGACGGUUAGACAAGCUUAAAGCAAAAUUCUCAGUUAUUGUCGCUAGACAUUUAAAUAAUCUUUUUAUACAUCUGGGUAAUGAUAUUGGGGAUGCAUCGACAACCAUGGCAGAUCUAAUUUUACCGACUCACCAAGGAGUUCAUAACGAGCUUGUACCAUACACUGAAUUGAUGCAAUUGCUUAGAGCAUUAGAUAAUAAAGCUUUUGUGUUGUUGACCAAAGUCUAUACUGAUACCAUGAGCAAAUUGUAUAAGAGGGAUCUAAAACGCUUCUUUGAAGAAGCUAAGAAUAAACUUAUUAACAAACGUCUACAAGUAAAUACAUCAAGGUCUAGCGGCCAAAAAGGUGAAGAUCUGCUUAGCCCGGCGCCUAUCUGUUUGCUGAGUGGCGAAAUAUGGACACCAGUGGACGAAGGUAAUCUUCUGGAUUCAGUCCUUGAUUGUGUACUCUCGCAAAUGCAGCCGGUGUGUCUCGCCGAGCAAGGAUUCUGCGUUUCGUUUCUUCAAUUGGACUCUGUUCUUUCGCCUUCCAAAAGCAGUGAGAUGGAGGAAAUAGAAAAUACGAGUAAUGGUGCGGCAAGUCCAGGAUCGGUGACUUCAACGGCGAGUAAAAGAUUGGAGCGUCAAGUGAACGAGGACGUGCGUGCAACUAUGGCUGCAAUAUUUCCAUCAUUAGAAACUGAAUUGAACAACUUUAUCGGCUUUCUGGACAAAAUCGAUAGCUUUUGGUGUAUGUAUGUGUUAGUGCGCUUGUCACAGCAUGUUAUGUCCGCUCAAGACACCGGCUCGUUUUUGUCAAUGACGUUCGCAUCUGCUCUGAUUCACGUGAAACGAGCAUUUGACAAGUUUAUGCAGGCGCAGCUACAGUCCAUAUUAUGCGAUACGAAAGUCAAUCGUCGGCACAAGUGCGGUAUAUUGCCAUAUAUAGAGAAUUUUGGGCCAUUUGCGAGAACCGCAGAAAAAAUCUUCCGUAACUCUGACAGGAAGGUCGAUCUUGAAAAGUGGUAUACGAAACUCGUGAGCACUAUGUUCGAAGCUAUCGUCAUUCAUAGCCGAGAACACCACAAGACACCGCAAGAAGUCAUAAAGAUGGAAAAUUUUCAUCAUCUCUAUGAUCUUCUUUCGCAACUGAAAAUUUCUGUAUUGGAUCAUGAGCGGAAGGAAGCCAAACAGAAAUACCAGGAUGCACUUCGUGCUUAUGUUACCCAAUACUUUGGACGACCUCUUGAGAAACUUAAUCUUUUCUUUGAAGGCGUACAAGCCAAGGUAGGUGCUGGUGUGAAAGAAUCCGAAGUCAGUUAUCAGAUGGCCUUCAGUAAACAAGAAUUGCGACGCGUAGUGAAGGAAUAUCCCGCGAGAGAAGUUAAAAAAGGUUUAGAAAAUCUAUAUCGAAAAGUUGAGAAACAUCUAUGUGAAGAAGAAAAUUUGUUACAGGUUGUUUGGCGCGAAAUGCAAAACGAGUUCAUUGCACAAUACAGGAAUAUUGAAGAGCUCAUACAACGUUGUUACCCAGAUAGUAAUGUGACACUAGAAUUUACUAUUCAAGAUAUUCUAGAAUUCUUUUCAGAAAUAGCACGUUCUCAUUAACAAGUCAACAGAAAGUAUUAAAAUAAAAAAUACAAUUUGAUUUAUAUAACUUAACUAUAUAAUGAUUAUUA